UUUAAUGUGCAAGGCAAAAAGGGCUCUAUCCACUAAACAAGAUAGUUCAGCUCUUAGGGGAGACAGUCUUGUAACUUGCAGGCAAAAUUCAAAAAUGAGUAGCUCUUCACUCACAGCUUCUUUACAUACCAGCACUUUGCGGUCUCCUUUCGUCGGGAAUUUGAAUGGGUUUCGUGUAUCAAGUGUUGCUGUUCGUCGUGUUGGUUUUGUGAGGAAGAUGAUCGAAUGUAAAGAAUCAAGAAUCGGUAAGCAACCAAUAUCAGUACCUUCCAAUGUGACACUCACAAUGGAAGGCCAAGAUUUGAAAGUUAAGGGACCUCUGGGGGAGAUGGCCAUAACUUAUCCACGAGAAGUGAAGCUUGAGAAGGAUGAUGGAGGUAUUCUAAGGGUCAGAAAAGCCGUGGAGACGAGACGCGCAAAUCAGAUGCAUGGUUUAUUCAGGACUCUAACUGAUAACAUGGUAGUCGGCGUCUCUAAAGGAUUCGAGAAGAAACUUCAAUUGGUAGGCGUUGGAUAUCGUGCAACCAUCGAAGGGAAAGACAUAGUUCUCAAUCUCGGAUUUUCUCAUCCCGUUAGGAUGGAAAUUCCUGCUGGACUGCAAGUUAAGGUUGAAGAAAACACCAGAAUCACUGUAAGUGGUUACGAUAAGUCAGAGAUCGGUCAAUUUGCAGCUUCAAUUAGAAAAUGGAGACCUCCAGAGCCAUACAAAGGUAAAGGAGUGAAAUAUGCUGAUGAAAUAGUUAGAAGGAAAGAAGGUAAAGCAGGCAAGAAGAAGUAAUUCAUGGUACAUUUUGUCAUUUGUUUUAUUGUAUUUUUCUUAGAGCUAUUUUGAAGUUAGGUUCAUUUUGCAAGUAACUUGACAAAUUGUUAAUCUUGUGUAUCCCUUUAAAUAUAAGAGUCACACAAUUUGAAAUUGUAUGUAAUCUUCAUAUGAAGGUGGUUUCCCUUA